CGCAGGUGACCUCUCAGGAACCACCGUCCUUCGGUCGCAGAUCGUCUUCUAGUGUCUUGUGUCCAGCCAGGGUUCUAUUUGGACGUAGCGAAGUUGCGCAUGCUCCCUGCGCCAUCGCCAUCGCCAUCGCUACUGGAUUUUGGUGUAGAGGCGGUGAAUUGUAUAGUUCGGGAGAGGAGGAGAGCAGGGAGGAAGGGGCUGUCGGCGCCCGCAAGCCGCAUUGGGAACGGGCGAGAAUUGGGAGAAAUAGGAGGUUUCUGAACUUCAGCUUGAGCCUCCCGUUGAGAGAUGGCCAUGGAGUCGCGACUCUUGCAAGCAGGGGAUGUAUCCUCACCGCGAGGGUGUUUUAUUGUAUCCAGUGCGAGGGAUGGCGCGGGGCAUAGGCAAGGUCAGCAUGGAUUCCGAGUGUCCGCGCAGAGGUUUAUGAGGGGCGUCCAGGUGCGACAAGGUGGGAAUGUGUGUGGGAGGCUGGAGAAGAAGGUUUCGAAGUCGAAGAGUGUUGUGGUAGCUGCUCGGAAGUCUACUCAAGAGCAACGGGAGACUGUUGUAAGCAAGGACGACUCGAAUGAGUACAUUGAAAGCUCCGCUGAAGCGCAAGGGUCUGGAUAUUCUUACAUUGGAUCACCUCUAUUAUGGAUCGGUGUGGGAGUGGGUCUUUCAGCUCUUUUUUCUUUUGGUGCUAACGCAGUCAAGAGAUACGCCAUGCAACAAAUGUUGAAAUCCAUGACCGGGAGCGCUGGGGGCCCUGGUGCUAGUCCGUUCGGUUCUCCUGGUGCUAAUCCUUUUGGAGCACCAGGUGGUAACCCAUUUGCUGGUAUGCCAAUGCCUCCACCAGGUGCUGGGUUCCCGUUCCCUAUGCCUCCUACUGCAGCUUCUCCUUCUCCUUCUCCUGUCAGUGCUGCAGCUGCGGCACCUCCGGUCGAUGUGUCUCCUACUAAUGUGACAUCCUCCCAGCCCUCUGUCGUAAGCGAGACACCAAAAACUUCUACUGAUGCUAAGAAAACUGCUUUUACAGAUGUCAAUGCAAAUGAAAUCUUAGAAAGAGAGCAGCAAGCAGCAGCAGCCAGGUUCAGUGAUCAAGCUCCAUCAGCAUCAGAGCCUACGAGGCCCUACUUUGCAGAUCCUGAGUUGGUAGAUUCUAAGAGUGGAAGCAACAGUGGAGCUGGAGCUGGCCCAUCAUCUAACGAUCCAUGGAAUUCUGCUGGAAAAGGAAAACAGACGGUCUUCACUGUUGACCAAUUGGAGAAGAUGAUGGAGGAUCCAACAGUUCAAAAGAUGGUUUACCCGUAUUUGCCAGAGGAAAUGAGGAACCCGACUACUUUCAAAUGGAUGAUGCAAAACCCCCAGUACCGGCAGCAAUUGCAAGAUAUGCUUAAUAGUAUGGGCGGAGAUGGUGCGUGGGACAAUCGCAUGUCAGACAUGCUGAACAACUUCGACCUGAACAGCACCGAGGUCAAGCAACAAUUUGAACAAAUUGGGCUAACUCCUGAAGAAGUUGUAGCCAAGAUCAUGGCAAACCCAGAAGUUGCGGUAGCUUUCCAGAACCCAAAAGUCCAGGCUGCUAUUAUGGAUUGCUCAACAAAUCCAUUGAAUAUUACUAAGUAUCAGAAUGACAAGGAGGUUAUGGACGUUUUUAACAAGAUUUCCGAGUUAUUUCCUGGUAUGAAUGGAUCGCCAUUUUAGAACAGUGAGGUUUAUUCAAGUGAUACUGGCCCAAGUGCAGAUAAUGUUGCAAGAGACAGUGGGACAUAAGAGUGGUAGUCUUAGGUUAUCCCCAACACUAAUUUUGGUAUAUAGUUUUGCUGGAAAGGAUGUCAUUGCUCGACACACGACAAACUGAGACAAAGGUGGAUGUGGACGCCAUUUGAGUGAUUUGGCUAGGUAGAAAGAGAGAUGAAAAUCUAUGCAGUGUCUCGAUUCAAUAACUGUCGAUUUCCUGCUUCCUUAUUGAGUAAAGAUCAUAUUGUGCUGAUGAA